GCGUGUGGUUAUUGUUUGUUGUUGUAUUUUCUCCUAAAUUUUCCAUAAAUUACCUGCACACUGGCCCUGGAUCAGCCUAAACAAUGGUUUCUAGUGAAGAGGAGGUAGAGGCGAAAGCCGGCGACACAUUAGAAUGGGACGUGGACAUGGAAAUACAGUUGUUCUACGCCAUGGUAAACCACAAGCCGGUCGGCAUCAACAGGCAUUUCCAAAUGGCUUGUAUUUGGGAGAAACUGUCCAACUCCAUCAAUAAAGAGAUCUCAACUCAAGACAUAUGGAAGCAUCUAGAAAGCAUGUACGAUCUGCAAAUGCUGUAUGAUACUGAGCCGAUACCGUUCCCUAAUGAAGAAGUAGCAUUCAGACUUCCUGAGGGGGAGUUUGGACCACUGAUCAAACAGAAGUGUAAAGAAGCUAUAUUAGGUGAUGAAAGUGAAGGCAGGAGUCCGUCACCCAAGACUUCGACUCCUAGAAGUAGUUCCAGAGGUACAGCAUCCAAGGAUAGCACCCCGAAAGCUGCAUCCCGCAAGGACAGCACAACAGCGACUCUGGCGACCAAGUCACGCAAGGAGAGUGGCAGCUCACAUGCCUCCACCGACACCCCCAGCAUCAAGUCUGAAAAGGACUAUGAUCGUAGACGAGACUCAAGGGAUUCCAAUGCAUCUGGUCCCAGAGAUGGCUCAACCAGUCGCAAGUCUAUUUCACAGAGAGACAAGUCCAAUAAGCAAGCAAAACUCAGUGGAGUGGCUGCGUGGGAGUCCCCGCUGCUGGACGAGGAGGGCGGGCGGCGCGGGCGGCGGCGCGCGCACACCUCCACGCCUCCCGCCACCGCGCCCCCGGCCAAGCGCAGGCGCACCUGACACAAGCAUCGGCACACAUACAGCCAUUUCUUCUGACACACGCAGUCGCCCCGCGAGCUCACGACCCUGCCGCGCCGCGCCAGAGCGGGACGGAACGCCGUGGACGUACUGUUUCCGUCUCAUUCACUCUUGUUAAGAUAAAUAAAUGCAUAGGCCGAGUUCCUAUUACCUGCGUGGGCCACGUAUGUAACUUAGCCCUGACUUAUUCGGAGACUAGCUUGUACUCUAGUUAUAAAUAAUAUCGAGUUAAGAUAUAAUAUGUAAUUUUAUCUUACUAUGAGUAUUAUAAAGAUAAUUUGUAAGGAUUCUUAAAAAAUCAUGUGUAAAUAUAGUGUUAAUUAAGGAACCUGUCAUAAGACUCAUAGGAGUUGGUUUUAAAUGGGUUUUUAAAUAUUGACCACACUUUAUAGCCAAUUACAUUCUUCUGUAAUACCUAUGUGAAGUAAAAUUGUGUCACAUGUUUGGAAAAUAAA